AUGGCUCUAAGUCCAGACGUGAGUGCCGAGAUGCCCAGUGACCCCAGCCCAAUGUCAAAUGCUGUCUAUGACGCAGGCUGCAUUUUGGCGCAACUGGCGAGCCCACCCACGGUUCAUCUUAAUGAAGCUCAACCUCACAUGGCGAGUGUAGCCACCACGCCCGACAAAUCAGGCACAAUGAGCUCGCCUACAUCAAACAGCAUGGCAGUGCAGCCAGAAGCGCCUGACCUGGAAUUCAAUAUUCCAGAGGCAUCGGACUUCACCAUCUCGUCCUCAACCUUUGGAGCAGAUGACAGUUUGCUGCAUUUGCCAGCAACGGCCACGGCGCAUGCUCUCACACCAUUUGAAGACUGCACAAAUGCAAAAGGCGUGUCUUCGGCGAACUUGAUAGACCAGAAAUCGGAGAUUAUACAAACUGACCCUGAGCUGUCAUUUUUCUUGCGGCAGUUUGCUGACACAAUGGGAAAGUGGAUGGACUUGUUCGAUAUGGAUCAGCAUUACCAUAGAGUCAUACCAAUACUCGCAUGGACUAGCCCACUUCUUCUCUAUUCUGCUUGUGCCGUGGCAGCCAAGCAGCUCACUUUAGUUGAACCCUGCUCACAGGCACAGAGGCCACGGUCCCAUAUGCAGUACUGGCAGACCAGCUCCCACAAGGACUUUGCGUGGUAUAGCACCAAGUACUACGAUCGUGCCAUCUCGUUACUGUUGGGGUAUGUCUCCAAUCUCAGCGAAGGAGACUCUGGGCAGGAAACUGCUGAGCAACAAAACGAGCAUGAUCCCAAUCCCAAGCCAUGUAGAAAUGAGAUCAUCAUAGCGGCUACCAUCUUAUCAGUAUACGAGUUUCUCACCGCCGAUGACCAGACGUGGUCUGAACACCUUGAUGGCAUCCGAUCUUUCAUUCGUCUGUCGGACGAACUGGGCUUCAAUUUUCAACCCACAGCAGCAAGCCCUAUUCUCGAUCCUCUACCGCCAAGUCUUCUACGAGCUGCCUGUUGGAACUUUGCAAGGCAGGACUUUCUUGCAGCCUUGAUCAAUGGCCACAAGACUCGUCUCGAUACCGAAAAUCCAGUUAUCUGGCGGCGAAUGGGUCUAAGCGUCUCUGAACAUGGGAGGCCAAUGGCCCACGUGCAUUCGAAUAUCCCAGAAGAUGCCUGUUCGCAGGCUUUACGGCCUGACAUAAUAUCUAACACGCUUGUAUGGCUUCUCUCAAGGCUAGCCAACUACGUUGCGCUUGCUACCGACUCAAAGCAGCAAGCAGAAUCGACGAGAGUUCUGGAGGAUACGUGGCUCUCGUUGAAUCAGGACUUUGAAACAUGGCACCAAGGGCUACCCUCUAGCUUUCGACCAUCAUACCGAGUACCAUACACGCCUCGUCAAGGUACUGAGGUGUGCCCAAGGUGUAAGUAUCAGCCUGGAUCGUUGAUUAGUUAUGAGACAUGGUACAGCAGCAGUAUGUGUGCCUCUAGCAUGCAGUCUUAUCACAUGAGUCAGAUACUCCUCCUGGUUCACAAGCCGGAGAGCCUAGCAGUACCUGUUUCACGACCUUCUGCCUCAGGAGGUCCUGCCGAUGUCUUGAUGAGGUUUAACCAGAUGAACCGGGUGCUGCAGUAUCAUGCAAUAGAGAUUUGCGCUAUUGCAUUGUCUAGACCCGAAGCAGCUGCGAGAAUACAUAUGCUGCAGCCUGUUUAUCUUGCAGGUCGUUGUCUACACACCAGAGCUGAUCGUGCUAUUGUUCUCAGACUGCUUGAGUCCAUUGAGACCGAGUUGGGAUGGAGCUCAAGAUACCGGGUGAAGGACUUACUUAGGGAAUGGGGCAUAGAUCGGAACAAGAUCAUGGAUUGCUGCCAUUGA